GAGGAGAGAGGAAUGACGGAGGCUUUUGGCGUUGGCGCCGACCGUGUUUUCCGUCAGUGGAUCCGAUUAAUAGAGAGAAGAGGAAACUGAGGAAGUGAUAAAAGAGAGAGGAGAGAGACAGGAAAGAUCGGAUGAAUAGAGGAGAAAAGUGGAAGAAGAUGUGAGGGAAGACGCAUUGGAUCUCGCCGGAGAAUGUCGAGUGGAUGAAUUAAAGAGGAGAUUGGAAGAAGAUUCAAGUGGAGAAUGCAAAUCUGGCCGGAGGUGGUGACGCGGAGGUGUGGAAGAAGGGGCGACCGACGACUUCCGUAUUCACUCGCUCUCUUCCUCUUUCUCGUAUUUAUCUUCCAGUUUCCAUGCCUUUGUUUUGGUUUAUGCACAGUUAAACAUAGGAGCAGACUAAUUUUCAGAAUUUUGUGUGGUUAUGGUUAUGGUUUUAUUAUUUAUUGUAUUUUCUCUCAAAUUUAUUUAUGUUUUCACGUUUCCUUUUAUGGACACUGCAACUGAGACAGAAAACAGCGGAUGAAUUGAAGAGAGAAAUGGAAGAAGAUGUGAGAAAAGACGGUGGAUCUCGCCGGAGAAGGUGGACGUGAGUAGAAGAAUAUGCCAGCAAAGAAUGAAACUCUCGCCGGAGGUGGUGCCGCCAGAAGACUUUCGUACAUUCUUUCUAUCUUUCCAUAUCUUUACCUGAAUGCUGGCAUUCUCAGGAUGCAAUUAUGUUUGAGGACAGAAUGAACCGGUCUCAAUAAGAGGCAGAAAACUUUACAUGUAAGGCUCAAGUGUCAUGCCUUGUAAAAAUCUACAUCCAUUUCCAUUGUUUGGUCAAUUUUACUCAAUUUCAUGCCCCUAACAAAAAAACCUGCACAUACGGGCACACAUGCAAAUGAACAGAACAUUUAUUUCCUUUUGCAUGACAUGAAACAUGAUGCUUCUGGACAACUAAGCACUUUCCAAAUUAUCAUCAUCACUGUAAUUAUUAUGAUUAUGGUAUUCUUCAUCCUGGGCCAAGUUUCUGCAUCAUAGUCAGUUUAGAUUACAUGAUCUUUGUGUCACAUUGGGGCACAUACUUUGAUUUGUUAAAAUUAUCAAGAUCCUGCUGCUUGUUACCCUGAUGUUAAAUGAGUUACCCAAUGUGCAUUUCUUACUGUUAUUCGUGGUAAUUUAAUCAUGGAUGCUUGCUAAUGAUUAAAUGGUUUUACAGUCAUUUUUUCUCAGUUUUAUACUUAAUUGUUUUUAGAUUUAUUUUGGUCAACAAUUGUGUUUUUAGAUUUCUUAUUCGUUGAUUUUAUCCUCCUACUAGUAUUUUGGACAGCUGAAAUAUGAACACUUCAUUUCUUUUUGAUAGUAAACUGGGAACUGCUUUUGUUGAUAUAUGUUUGAGUGCCUGAUAAGUGCCUGGUUUUUAUAGCAUUUUUUAUAGCAUUUGAAAUCCUAUCCCCAUUCCCCUUGUACAUGCCCUGGUUCAAACCAAAAAAGAAAAAUGGCUGUUGAAA